AUGGCCGAGGCGCAGGAGCUACUGCUGCAGCUGCUGAAGGACAACCGCGACGGGCGCCUGCGGAAGCAGGAGCUGGAGGAGCUGGUGCGCGGGCUGGAGGCCGAGAGCGAGAGCCUCACAGCGCGCCUGCACGACCUGAGCGAGCGCGAGCGCAGCCUGCAGCGGCGGCGGAGCCAGGCGGCGCGGGCCCUGCGCGGGGAGGCGAGCGAGGCGGCGCGGGAGCGCGCAGACCGGGCGCACCGGCGGCUGGAGGCUGCGGAGCAGCACAAUCAGGACCUGGGAGGGGCCUUGGACGGGGUGGGACCUGGUGUGGGGCGUGGUCUGAAGCAGGAUGGGACCCUGGACGGGGCGGGGCUCUUGGUGGGCGGGGCCAGUGGAGAGGGAGGGAUCUUUAAUGGGGCGGGGACUGCGGUGGGGGCGGGGACCUCGGAGAGGCCCGGACCGCCCCCUCGAUCCCGUCCAGGAGCAACAAAACCGUCAGCUGCAGGAGCAGUGGGAGGAGCUGUCAAGCCAGAAGCCCCGCAAACCCCGCCCUCACAAGCCCCACCCCAGCUCUUUUACUAUGGAGGAGAACAACUGAGUCAGCAGCGCGCAGAGCAGCAACUCGGGACCCAACUGGUGGCUUUGCAGAAACAACUGGAGCUGGUGGAGGCCAAGCACGCCAGGCAGGCGGAGGCCCUACGGCAGAGCGCACAGCGGAUGGAGGAGGCCUGGGCCAGCUUCCAGGAGCAGAGCGGAGUCUUGCAGGAGCUGCAGGGGAAGGUGAUGGAAGCGGCGACUGCGCUGGACGCCCCGCAGGGCGGCCCGGAGCCGUGCGAGUCGCAGCCUCGCCGGGGGCAGGGCUGCGCGGGCUCACUCAUGGAGGAGGUGGCCAAAGCGGACUGUGAGAAGCGGCUGUUCGGCGGCGCGGGCGCGGCGGGCAUCAGAUAUUCUGUCAUCGUUUUUUUAGUUUUCGGUCUUCGGAGGGUCAUGUGGGUGGGGAUGGACACUGUGGGGAGGUUGGUGCAUGAGGACGGUGGUGUCCUGGAGUAGAGGACCUGAAGGUGGUCGAGAGGGACACCGGAAGGACCGGAGCAGAGGCAGGAUGCAGAGCAACG